GCAUUUCUUCACCGUCUUCCUCAUUCUCUGCAAACAAAUAUAGAGAAGCAAAAAUGUCUUCUCCAAUAACAAAGCACAUCACACUCUCCUCACCGUCGACAAAGCCGCCGCCUCCGCUCUGCUCUUUCCUCUUCUUCAUUCUCCUCUGCAUUCUCGCCUUCUACACUCUCCACCACCCUCACUCUAACCCUAGUCCCAAUCCCCAAAAUACCCUCCACUCUCUCUUCCUCUCCUCUUCUUCCAACACCACCCUCGCCUCCUACCUCCGCUCCCUCACUCUCCACGCUCACCUCGCCGGGACUAAACCCUCUUUACAGACCACUCACUACGUUCACUCUCAUUUCAAAUCUCUCAACUUCGAAACCCAUUUGGUUAACUACACCUCUCUUCUUUCUUAUCCUGUACACUCUUCGCUCUCCGCGCAUUUCAGCGACGGCUCUUCGGUUUCCUUUUCUUUGACUGAGGAAGUUAACGGAGACGACGUCGUUCAGGCUUACCACGCGUAUUCUCCGUCGGGUUCGGUGGAGCAUGCUAAAGUCGUGUUUGUGAACUACGGUCGCGAGGUUGACUACCGUACGCUGGAGGCGUUGGGGGUGGAGGUUAAGGAGUGUGUCGUUUUGGCGAGGAAAGGUGGCGAAGGGUUGAGUAGAGGGGGAGUUGUUAGAAUUGCGGAGUCUAAAGGUGCGCUGGCUGUGCUAUUGUACGCGGAGAGGGGUAGGUUUGGAAAAGGAGUGGAGAGAGGGACGGUUAUGAGAGGUGUGGGGGACCCGCUGAGCCCAGGUUGGGGAAGUGUUGCAGAAAAAGGGGAGAGAUUAGGGUUUAAUGAUAGUGAAGUUUUGAAGAGAUUUCCGAAAAUUCCGUCUUUGCCCUUGUCUUUUGAGAAUGCUGACGUCAUUUUACGGUCUCUUGGUGGUCCAGUUGUUGAUUCUCCUGAUUGGAAGGUUUUUCCGGGUCGGGUUACGCCGGUUGGACCUGGUCCAACUUUGGUCAAUUUUACUUACCAGGGUGAGAAUAAAGAAGUGAGAAUCCAUAAUGUUUUUGCUGUAAUAAGGGGAUCAGAAGAGCCUGAUCGUUUUGUGAUUCUUGGCAAUCACAGAGAUGCGUGGACAUAUGGGGCUGUUGACCCUAACAGUGGGACUGCUGCAUUACUUGACAUUGCUCGUCGAUAUGCACUUUUGAUGAAGACGGGAUGGAAACCUAGAAGAACCGUUGUCCUUUCUAGUUGGGAUGCAGAAGAGUUCGGGAUGGUAGGUUCUACCGAGUGGGUUGAGCAGAACAUGGCCAAUUUAGGUGCCAAAGCAGUGGCCUAUCUUAAUGUAGACUGUGCAGUUCAAGGGCCGGGAUUUUUUGCUGGAGCAACUCCGCAGCUAGAUAAUAUUCUUCGUGAGGUUACCAAGAAGGUCAAGGAUCCUGACUCAGUUGGUUCAAUGAUAUAUGAGAAUUGGGCAGCCGCAGAUCAAGCCAUUAGUAUCCAGAGACUUAGUGGAGUUGAUUCUGAUUUUGCCCCAUUUCUGCAACAUGCUGGGAUUCCUUCUAUCGACAUAUAUUAUGGCAGAGAUUUCCCUGUGUACCACACUGCUUUUGACUCCUUCGAGUGGAUGAUAAAAGAUGGAGACCCUUUGUUCCACCGUCAUGUGGCUGUUGUAGCAGUUUGGGGACUGAUUGCCAUUCACCUGGCUGAUGAUUCCAUACUUCCUUUUGACUAUCUAUCUUAUGCAGCGCAAUUGCAGGAGCAUAAUUUUAUCUUGAGCAAUUUAUUAAACCAAAGCAUAUCGCUUGAUACUUUAAGCACUUCAAUACAAGGGCUUGCUUCAGCUGCUAAAGAAGUUGAAAAUGAAGCACAUCAACUGAGCCUGCAAGAAGGUAGGGGUGAUUCUAUAGCUUUGAAGGUGCGUUCACUGAAUGAUCGGCUGAUGCUUGCUGAGAGAGGCUUCUUGGACCCAGAUGGGCUGCAUGGCCGGCCUUGGUUUAAGCAUAUGAUUUAUGGGCCUCAUGGCGACUAUGAAAGCAAGCUGGAUUUCUUCCCCGGAAUAGCGGAUGCUUUAUAUAGAGCGAAGAGUAUGAAUAACGAGGAGGGAGAAGCUGUAGUUCAGCAUGAGAUAUGGAGAGUUAGCAGAGCCAUUGAAAGGGCUACUAGAGCCCUUCAAGGACAGCUCUUCUGAGUAUAGCCAGGCAUCAACAUGUAUAUAUCAUAGGCUAAACUCAUCUAGAGGCCCUUGUACUAUAUCAUUUUUGUUCAAAAAGCCCCUGUACUAUUUUUUUGUUCUUCAGGUCCCUCUACUUACAUAAUUUUUGAUUUUUUGGUCCUUUUUUAGUUUUUUCCAGUCCCUUUACUUACAAUUUUUUUGUUCUUCCAGUCCCUCAAAAGGACCUAAAAAUCGGAAUUUUGCCAAGUACAGGGACCUGAAGAACAAAAAAAUAGUACAAGGGCUUUUUGAACAAAAAUGAUAUAGUACAAGGGCCUCUAGAUGGUUUUAGCCUAUAUCAUAUUAUAUAUAUAUGGAGUUACUUUUGUACAUUUCUAGGUCUCAUCACAUCCAGUUUUUACCUUACUGGAGUUCCCUUUUUGUAGAUUAUCAUUCCCAAUUAAUGAAAAUCUCUUCUGAUUUUGCUCUUCA